UUGAUGGAUGAAAAUAUAAAGACAACCGGCUUAUUUGGCAAUUUUUGAUUGAUUUUAAUUUGAUUCCAAUUUUGAAGCCAUUCAUUCUUAAUGGUUAUUGAUCGAGCUGCUUGAUUCAAUUUUUUUUAUUGAUACUCAUCGAUUUAAGAAAGACAACGAUGGCUAAAUCAAAAAUACCAGUGGCUGUUAAAAGUCCAGUAACAAAAAAUAAUGAUGAUCAAAAAUCGAAGAAAAAAAAGAAAAAAGUAACCAGUGAUGGUGGUGAUUUGGGAUCAACAAUAAAUUCUCCGAUGAAAGAAAAUUUGAUAAGUGAAGAUGAUGAAUCAUCCAAUGGUCAUAAUGUUGCACAAAUUAGAGUGAAAAAUUCACCUAAAAAUCGAUCACCAAAAAGUGAAUUCAAAUCGAAUUCAUCUAGCUCUACAAUCGAAAAAUGUGACAUUUCUGGCGAAAUAGACGACAUAAAGAUUGAUUAUCAUGAUGAAUGGAUUUCUCCCAUACAGAAUUAUUUCAUUUGGUCAAUAUCAGCAAUUUAUAUGUUUGCAUUCGUCUCGUUCUACAUGCAAGUUCGUGGCCUUUACGGUAAUAAAGGUGUAUUGCCAUUGCGAUAUUUUGCCGUAAAAUAUGUUGAUCCGAAUGAAACUGUAUCAUUGGAUUCGAUUAAUCGUGCGGCACCAUCAUUAGUAUGGUAUUUGGCGUCUACUCAAGGCCUUUCAUUGACAUCAUCGCUAGAAUUGAUUAGCCUAGCGGGAUCAUUGAUUUCAUUCAUUCAGCUAUUAUCGAAUUCAUUUCGUACGCCCAUCAUUUAUCUAUUGCUAUUUGUACUCUAUUAUUCGUGUGUCAAUGUUGGUCAAACAUUUCUCUACUUUCAAUGGGAUGCGUUUUUAUUGGAAUGCGGUGCAUUAACAGUAUUGGUUUCGAUACGUUGUACACAACAUGGAAGUCGUUCAUUUUGGAAUCGUUUUCGUCCAUAUCCUCCAUUGGUGAUUUGGACUGUCAAGUGGCUUUUAUUCAAAUUUAUGCUAUCAUCCGGUAUCGUAAAGUUCAGCGCGCGCUGCCCGUUAUGGUGGUCAUUACGAUCAUUAGAUGUACAUUUUGAAUCUCAACCGUUGCCGACAUCAUUAGCCUGGUAUUUUCAUCAUAUACCACAGAAUUGGCUUCAUUUAGCUGUUAUCAUACAUUUUGUCAUCGAAAUUGCCGUUCCAUUCAUGUUCUUCACACCGUUUCGAACAUUGAAAUUAUUCUCAUUCUACACACAGAUUUUCCUACAGAUUGCUAUCGCUUUAAGUGGGAAUUAUAACUUUUUUAAUUUGUUAACCAUGGUAUUAUGUUUGACAUUACUGGAUGAUGAUAUGUUUAGACAAAGUCGACAACAACAUGGUAUUCAAUCGAAAUCAACUAUGGGGAAAAAUUCAAUGGAAAUCUGUUUAUUCGGUGCAAUCAUCGGAAUUUUAGCCUAUUAUACAGUCUAUUAUUUUGAUGUUACGUUUCGAUGGAAUGAUCUACUCCUCGGACCAACAACCAAAGUCAAUUUUACCUAUGAUCAAUUCAAUUUGUUUGUCAUACAAAUGGUGACCGCCACGAUCGUAUUGGGAAUCAUAUCAUUCAUAUGUAUGGCAUCGAUUGCAUUGUAUAAAUGUUUUUCAUAUGGAUCAAUCAUUGGACGUAUCAUUCAUUCGAUGAUGACAAUGUUCUAUAUUAUUAUUUGUGCUGCCAUAUUGGCGAUAUCCAUCGUACCGUUGGCCGAAUUGGAUACAACUGGUUAUCAUAUGAAAUCGUCAGUUCCAAUAGAAAUUCGCCAUUGGUAUCAUAAUGCUCAACAUUAUCAUCUUGUAUCAUCAUAUGGUUUAUUUCGUACAAUGACCGGUGAUGGUGGUCGUCCUGAAUUGAUUAUUGAAGGAUCGAAUAAUGCAAAUGCAGCCGAUGGCAGUGUCGGUGAUUGGCGUCCAUAUUAUUUCCGUUAUAAACCUGUUGAUUUAUAUCGGGCACCUACGUUUCUAGCACCACAUCAACCAAGAUUAGAUUGGCAAAUGUGGUUUGCAGCAUUGGAUAGCUAUCAGAAUAAUCCAUGGCUUUUAAAUCUUUGUUAUCGAAUAUUGACUGGCGAAUCGGAUGUACUCAAUCUAUUAGAUACGACAAGAUUACCGUUUGAUAAACCUCCAAAGUUUUUGCGUAUUAGUCGUUAUCUUUAUAAAUAUACGGAUUCAUGGAAAGAUCGUUCAUGGUGGCGUAAAAUAACUAAUCGUCAUGCCUAUCUACCAAUGGUAACAAAAGAAACAUUGGAAAGUGCAUUAAAAUUAGUUGAAUUAAAAAAACAAAUGGCACCAGCAUUAAACAUUGCUAGUCGUGAUCGUUCAUGGCCUACAUUGAUUAAAUCAUUGAAUUGGUUACAUUCAUUUUUAGCUUUGAAUAAUUCAUGGCUUACAGCACCGGUCAUUCUUUAUACAUUAAUAUCGAUUGUAUUAGUUAUCGGCUAUUUUCGAUCAUUAUCAUCUACGAAAUUGGAAUCCAAAUCAAAUGCCUAACCUUUUUGAAAAUCGAAUGUAGAAAAUUCAUGAAAUAUUUAUAAUUUAUAAAUUUUUUUUAAAUGAUAAUUUCAAAUCCAAAAAAUCGUAACAAUAAAGUCUAAAUUUUGUUUUCA